AUGGCAUCUGCAAAAAGCAAAGGUAUUCGUUCUGCUCAACAUAAUGACGCAUCGCCUAUAAGAAAAGUUCAUAGUCGUCAUACUUGGAAGCUCGAAAGUAUCAGCCAUGGACAUGGUCCACCUGUUUCACGAAAAGCUGUUCAAUAUGUUUUGGAUGAAGUUGCCAAGAGACGAAAUGAGAAAUUUCAUUUUUCAAAACAAGAAAUAGAAUCGCUGUGUACAAUAUUUCGGCAUUUAACAAAAAAUGCUGAUAAAAUUGAUCGUAAUCGAUUUAGAGAUAUUUUACAUAAUACAUUUGAUAUGACAGAUGAUAUUCUAAUGGAUCGGGUUUUCAAAGCAUUUGAUCGCGACAACGAUGGUCAAGUAAAUAUGUUAGAAUGGAUUAUUGGUUUAAAUACAUAUCUUCGAGGAACAUUAGAUGAAAAAAUAGCAUUUGCUUUCAAUUGUUAUUCGUUAAAAGGAGAAAAACAUAUAACACGCGAGGAAAUUUUUCAAUUGCUUAAAAGCAGUGUGUUGAAACAAGCUGGUGAUGAAGAUCCAGAUGAAACUUGUUUUGGACAAGUAUUUCCAAAUCAAAGGAGAAAAAAUGAUUUUGAGAAAACACUUGAACAAAUGUCGGAUGUUAUAUUUGGUCAAUCAUUAUCUUCUCAACAGUUAGCAGCUAUUUUUGAUUAUUAA